ACAGUUGGCAGUGCAGUGCGCGUCUUGGACACGGCGCUGCGCUCUCGGCGCUCCGCCGCUCUCUGCUCGUCUGUAAAGAACACCCCGCCCUCCCUCCACCUCCAUCUCCACCUCAGCCAGCGCCGACACCGCACACCAGGAGGAGACAGCACGUUCAAAUCGCGGCUUUCAUAGUAACGGAGCUCCCUGAUCCCGGUCAGACCUCUUUCCAGGACACCGGCGCCUCUCUCAGUAGUCCAUCCCGGAGGCGCGUCCUACUCUCCCGCUCGCUUCCCCCCCAGCAGUGGCCGUGCCGCGCUGCUCCGCUCCGCGACGGUCCGGUCCGCUCGCUUCCCCCCCCGCUCCACUGGAGAACAGUUCAUUCCCUGGAAGCUGGAUGAAUUAUUGGAGAGUUGCGAACAAGUGCGAGAAGAAAGCCGAGGCUCGGGAUCUGCCUCCCCGCUCCGUCCUGGGAAGAGAAGCCGGAGUUGUGGACGAACAUGGAGGGGACGUCCCUGUAUCUUCCUAUUGUCAUUUUACUGAUGCAAUGUAAGUCGCAUGGAAACUAUUCUCUCUCUGAACGGCCAACUGUUCUCUGUUUGUGUGAGAUAAAGCUUUGGAAAUAGUAGGCCAAGCAGCUUUAGAGUAUUUGUUUGAUCUUCUUACUUUUUUAUUUCGAUUGAUUUGUUUUACAGAAGCGGUCCCUGCUUGUCCUGGAAAAUGAAAUUAUUUAAAGCUGUGUGCAUAUAGAGAUGAACUGCACUGAAUCAAAAAGUCAUCAAAGUUUUGUUUUUGAUUUGUAGUUGUCAUUUCAGCUCUUAUAAAUCACUUCUUUUUGCAUGUUAUUGACUGUUUCUCGGUGUUGGUGGAAGCCCCUCUGUUUGCUGGGCAAAGGUGACGCUGCAGCCCCGGCUUGGUUCCUCCAACUUGGCCCUAAAGUUGCCCUUGGCUGGACGCCACCUCGGGGUGUGGGCGGCAUGCUGGUGGCGGGUGGGCACACAUUUUGGCAGGAGAGGUGGCGUGAGAUCAGUGGUUGGAUUUACACCAGACAUUUCAUACUGUUUUAUCCCGGGAACAAGGUGUUAGAGCGACUACUAGGUCAGACUUUGGGAACCUGUUUGACAUGCAGGGGGAAAGAGAAAAGGCAGUUUACUCGCUCCAGGGAGGAGUGACAGCUUGAGAUAGAUGUGAUGAGACAGUGAGAGUGAGUGACGCACGUUUUACGCCGUGUUGUCCACAUUUGGCCACCUGUCAGCCCGCCAGGUCACGGGUUCACAGAGGUGUGUGUGCGUGUAUGUGUGCGCACAAUCUGACAGGAAUCACUCAUCACAUCUACCUUUGCUGCGGUGAAUCCCCGUGGAGGGUAUUGUUGGAAAAAUCCAGGAGGAAAUGUUUUGGGUGGGUCUCUAUGGGGCGACAUCCCCCCAUCUCUACCUUCCACACACUCCUGCGCGCACACUCACACCGGCCUGACUGAGACAGCUGUUGCUCACAGUCAUACAGAGAGGCUUUGUUCAAUGGAGAGCACACACAAACACACACUCACUCUUACACACACACACACACACACACACACUCCCUGUUUUCUCUGCUCCCCCACAGCCUUGAAACGUGUGCCGUCCACGUUCACCUUAUCUGUAUCACGCAGCCAGACAGGAUACGUCCUGUGGGUCCCGUCUCCCCUUCCUCCCCUCAUUUGUUCCCUGUUAAUUUGAAUAAGUGCCUUAAUUAUUACUGCGCCGUGCUUUUGACCUCGCCACAGCCCUGGCAACACCCACCGCGGUCUCCGUAACACUCCGCGCGGACCACGUAAUGAGGGGGAAAGCUGCGUGCCAAGGAGCGAGCGUGCCAUCUUUCUAUUUUUUGCUCCAGCAAGAGGGUGGCUGUCCCUGUGUGAGUUUGAGCUGUCGCGCUGUUUGGUUGAUGUUAAUGCCACACAACACACAAAUUAUGUGUAUGUGUGUGUGUGCAUGAGCUUGAUUGUGUUUGACGCCUUUGUUUGGAUGUUUUUUUUUUUGCAUCAGAGCCAAAAAAAGCCCCCAUAGCAGACGCAUUUUAAUUACAGCGGCUAUAUCUGAUGCCGUGAUGUUGGAGGAACAUCAGAGACCUGCUGCUUCAAAGCCCAUGGAGAACUUUAUUUUGAAAGAGCCUAUUUGAGCAACUUCCUGACUCUCAUCCCAUUUUUAAUUAAAAUUUGAUCAAAUGAUCAGUUUAGGGGAGAAAUCUUGUCAAGUGAAAGCGUAUGACAUGAUUAGGCCAACAGUUUUACUACUAGGCUCCUCACUAGUCCAAGUCUGACGAACCUUUUGGCUGAAGCUGCUAUACUAAUAUGUGACGCAGCUAAUUCUCAGGUCAGUUCAGGUGCUGCUAUCUGUAUCAGGUUCUCAGCUCUAAUCACUUAACUCUACCAGCAUCUGACCAGGUCUGCAGAAAGUAGUGCCUCUCAUGAUUGAUCCUCCACAGUCAAGUUAAGCCGCUAUCACGCCAUCUCAGUUGGUGAGAGUAAUUAUAGUACGUCUCGUUUUGAACUGCUGAGCUGAUUUUCAGUGAGUUGUUUGUAAAUUUUGCCAGCUAUCUUAAUCAACGGGUCAACAGCAGUUUAAGUGGAUCUUUAAGGGCUGAAUAGUGGUCUAAAUCGGGUUUGACUGAUGCUAACAGGGGCCAAGCUCAGCCCAGAUUGGUCGACAAUACCAACAGCCAGGGCUGGGUGAUAUGGGAAAAAGUUUAUCACAAUAUAUAUUUUUUUAUAUCAGUCGAUAUCUAUAUACAACACAAUGUGAAAAAAUCACUUGUCAAUCUUAAAUCUUCCGUUACUCUUAAAUGAAAUUUAACAGUGCUUAUUGGUAGCAUGUCUUUUGCAAGACAAUAAUCCACUGCAUCUGUGAGGUCUUUGUGUCUCUUUGCAGUGCACAUUACUCUGCUUCAUGUCCGACCUCAAAGAAACAAAAUACCCCCACACCACCAAAGUUUUCAUUCCAGUGUUGUCGAGGAUGUCGUCCUCUGUUCAGCCUUCAUCAGCAUCACUGCCGGGGGAAGCACUCAACUCCAAAGCAACUCCCCUUUUCAUUGACUAUCUGCAUAGUCUACCAAAAAAUGGCAGAAUGCCGACUAUCGAAAAGCAUAUAGACCAUAUUUUAUAUUGAUAUUAAGGGAAAUUAAUUUUUGAUUUAUAUCAUUGUUUUAUUGCCCAGCCAUACCAACAUCGAACAAGAACUCUAAAGACUGGCAAUGAGUUCUCUUGAGUCAGGCGCAUCCUGGUCUUCUCAAGUUAAUAUGUACACCAGUAAUGGUUCAUUUCUUUCCUAAUUUUUGGCAGCAAAGACACAAAUAAUUGUUUACCAUACAGACAGAAACUGAAUUGAACCUCAUGGUGGGACCUUAGGACUGUGAUUGUACUGCAAAAUGUGUUGUUGACAAGCCAACUGUGAAGCCACGUACUCAUAAAUGCUGCUAGUGAUGGGAAUACAUGUCCUUUUUAGCCUUCUAUCUAGAUCUAGAUCUAGAUAGAAGGCCUAUCCAGCUCCACUUUGUUGCCCCUUGCUUCGAUGACUGAAAGGUAAAGUUGGGUCACCAUACCAAUAUGGCGAAAAACCAUCAUUGGACUUCAUAACAUCUCUCCAGAAACCAAUAGGUGACUUCACUAGAUUAAAAUCCAUGUUUAUACAGUCUAUGGUCUUGGUCUUGGCUUGUUUGAAGCAAGGUUGAAUCCCCCAGAGGCUCAGUCAUGUUCAGAUGAUGGUUGAGGAUUUCAGAAGUUUCAGCAUAGACUCAUUGUUGAUAACUGUACCAACAAUUAUGGACAGAAACUGAACUGAACCUCAUGGUGGAACCUUAGGACUGUCAUUAUACUGCAAAAAUGAAUUUCUGUGUUGUUGACAAGCCAACUGUGAAGAAUGCUUGGCUACUGUCACAGCCACAUACUCAUAAAUGCUACUAGUGAUGGGAAUACAUAUCCUUUUUGGCCAUCUAGAUUUAGAUCUAGAUAGAAGGCCCAUCCAGCUCCGUCUCUUUGCCUCUUGCUUCGAUGACUGAAAGUUAAAGUUGGGUCACCAUACCAAUAUGGCGAAAAACCAUCAUUGGACUUCAUAACAUCUCUCCAGAAACGAAUAGGUGACUUCACUAGAUUUAAAUCCAUGUUUAUACAGUCUAUGGUCUUGGUCUUGGCUUGUUUGAAGCGAGGUUGAAUCCCCCAGAGGCUCAGUCAUGUUCAGAUGAUGGUUGAGGAUUUCAGAAGUUUCAGCAAAGACUCAUUGUUGAUAACUGUACAAACACGCAGUCGCAGCCAGCUUAGUCAGUUCGUCACCUUCUCGAUAAAAGUUGAAUAAAUCUCACCCCUUGGCUUUUUAAUGUUGAUCUUAGAGCCAGAAAUCCAGGACUUUUUGGUCCUACAUCCCCACGUCUCUCUUUCGUUAACUCAUUUAUAAAUGUUCGUCAUCUUACUUUACAAACCCACCUGCCAGCAGCAGUCAGAUCAGCCAAUCAGCUUAACAGUCUGGUCCACAUAAUGAAUUGAUCAGAUUUGGGAGAUGUACCGAUGAGCAGGAUGAGGAGCUCAGAUAUUUGGAGUAGAGCUGCUGCUGCUGCUGCUGCUUCGCCUUGAGGAGAGGAGGCUGAGGUGUUACAGAUAACAACCCUGAAGCCUGUUUUCAUUGGAGGUUUUUUAGGUGAGUCAAACCAGGAGGAGACCCAAGAGAGGAUGCUGAUGGGAAUAUUUGGUCUCACCAGGGGAUCUCCCAGGAGGGUCUGGGGAGAGUUGGAGUACAAAAACGCAAUCUGGAGGAACAUGGACGGACGGUACCCUCUGAUUGUAUUUACUGUGCAGCCCACAUCUCUGCAUCCUCAGUCUUGUGCAUAUUUAACUCGCUGCUAAAAGCCUUUUAAACAUGUUUUAACCCGCUGAUAUUCCUGAGUAGAACAGCCAGAAAAACUCUUGCUUCGUGUAAGCGUCCACAGAAGCGACAUCCUGAGCAGAGUGGGUAAACUCCAACGCUCUUUUGCAGAGAUUUAUUUUUGAACAUGUGGGACAUUUUUUUUUGGCGAGUUCACGAACAACAUGGCUUUUUAUUUAGAGAGCAACACCGUGUUAACAUUACCCACCAUGCAGUUGUGAAACGAUCUGAACAAGCCAUGUGUUCAUUGUCUGCCUGAACGCCUUCCUGGUUAAUUGAGGCCAUUGAAGAUGACAGUCCAGUAGUAGCUGAGCUCGCAGUGAAGCACGACACUCGGGUAGCUGUAGCUCGCGUUGCAAAGCCUCUUUGGUGUUUUAUGGCAGUGUGUGCGUGCAUGUGUGUCACUCAGGGCAGCAGUGAAGUGCAGGCGUGUUGUCAACCCCACUACAUCUCCCUCCUCUCAAAGAGACACCCUUCAAGGUGGCGGCAGGCCUGGUCUCACACUAUGUGACAAGAGCUUCUCCCAUUCACAGCGCCACUGUCUGAGAGGAUCUCCCUCGCCUUCAAUCCCGCUCUCUCUUUUAUUCAUGCUUCUGCGGGUCUCUGGUUCCCCCCACCGCUCCACCAACCAACCUCCACCCGCUCCCCUCCUUCCCCUCCUCCUCCUCCUCCUCGUCCCUCUUCUCGACUCCGCUUCAUUUGUAUUCUAUUCUUAGAGCUGCUCAUCUCUCCUUUGUCGUGCCUCCUUGUCCUUUUUUUAAUCUCAUUGUAUCUCCCUCCCUUGUCUUGUUCUCCCCCCCAGUGACACAAUGCUCCUCGGAGGGUGUCAAGGUGCGCGAGCCAAGGCUACGAUGAUAAUCCUGUUACGCCACCGCAAGUCAACACAUGACGAAGCGUGGGGGAAAGCGUCUGCAGGGAGGGCGUGCAGUUUUAAUUCACUUAGCUGAAAAGUUUGACCAAGUGAGGCUGGACUGAACGGAGCCAACUUCAGGAAAGCUUUUAAACUCUUGAGUGUGCGUUUUGCUGCAAUUUGCAGAUGACAUUAUUUUUGUAUAGGCUGUUGUUUAUUUAAGAGCUCAUUUAAAAAUAGCACGUUGUCGUGGAAAUCGGAAAGAGGGAAACCUUCACCUCUGCAUGGAAACUUUUUACUCUUUUUGUACCUCCACCCAACAUGGCCGCCUUCCUGUGUUUUUUUUUCUCCCACUUCCUGCUUUUUUGUCUCAGUUUGCCGUCUAUUCUUCCUUCGACUCACAGCGAUCCAGCAACAAUGACUCGGCACAGGAAAUUCACUGACAAACAGGAAAACGGGACGGCUGUCUAAUUUAGGUUUACAUGCGUUGGCAUUGUGAGAUCUGGAUCUCACGUGGGCUCAUUCGCAGAAACAAUGACAGGAAAAGUCAAUGUUUGUGUGUCAGAGGGACGAGUGUGUGAAGCUUCUGGUUUCAAGGAUAAGCGGAGGUGAAAAUCUGAGUGACGCUUAAACAAAUUUGAAGUGUUUUAGAAGUUUUUCACAGCCCCUAAUGUUCAGAGUAAGUACCCAAGAGGCCUGCUCUAUAUUUAUUAUGUAAUUUUCAAAAAAGCAAAGCCUUCAGCCUUAAAUCCGUUCUCCCAACUCACAGACUUCUGGGAGAUGGUUUCAGGCUUUCAUGCACCAGCAAAGACUGUUAGCUCUUCCUGUUGUGUGCAUGUUUCAAACAGGGUGUCCAUGCAGAAGGAAGCGGGGUCUUUUUCAGCCACAAAGACAGGUAGUAUGGAAAUAUCGUGCUACAAACUGAGUGAAGCGAGCAGAUUUAGACUUUGUGAAAGUGUGUGAGAGGGCAUGGGCCGGAGCCAAGGUGAUAUCAUCCAAAGGAAGGCAAAUCACAGAUUCCCCUCCCAGUGUGUCCUCUUCUUCUGCUGGAACUAGCCUGCAGAAGAGCUUUGCAACAAGUGCCUCAUGUAUGAAGUCAAUUGAGACAACUUUAACGAACAUUCACACAAACAGGACGCUAGUUUGAUUAUUUUUUGGUAGCGCACUUGCAAGGGGAAGUGAAAUGAUAUUUUUCUUGUAGAGUCGAUAUGCAGAAUGUUGUCAGAUCUACAACCUCCUGCAUUUGAGUCUGCUUUCAGGUCAAAAUCCACAUGUUUGCACGUGUUUUACAUUUCCUUUGUUGAGUGGUUGUAUGCCGGUUUGACACCACUAAAAAUAAUCUCUCCCCAUUUUUUGAUCAAGCGCUCAGGAAGGCGCAACAUCUUAUCCAGUCCUGCUAAAUCAGUUCAUUUAAAUCAUUAUUUUUUAAAUUGGCUACCUUGAAAAAGAAGCUAAAUAAAGACCAGAAGGACACUAUAAGAUAUUGUGCAUUCAGUAUGUUGAAGGAAACGAGUAGAUAAUGUGGUUGGGGAUGAGUUGCACUGAUUUACUUGAAGUUGAAAUGUUGGGAUUGUUUAGAAUUGGAUGUUAAAACAUCUAAAUAAUCAUGCUCCAAUCUGAAAUGUAGUCCAAGAAGCAGCACGUUCCUCUCCCAGCUAACCUUCACUCACAUUUAACCUGUAUUUAACAACAGGAUGGCCCGACACUAAUCCUCCCCGUAAACCAAUCAGCGCACAGGAAAGGCAGCUCCUGCUUCCUCUUCCUGUUUGGCUGAAGGGUAUCAGUGACACACAAACAAAGACGGUGCGGCGGCGUCUCCCUCUUUCUAAUGCCUAGUCCCAACCUUCGAGGGUUAAUCUGGAAGAGCCACCAGCGAGAUGCCUGGUGACCUUGUUGUAACCUGCGCUUAAAUAAACAUACGGCGGGCUGCUUCUUAACCUGCCAGGAUUACCGUGGAGGAGUAAUCCUUCUCUUACCUCAGAUGUCCUGUAAAAUGAGUCCUGGCUGCUGCCUGUAGAGAAACAAGGACCAAAGGCAGCCAUUAGAUAUUCUCCUCUUGUAGUUGGCGGGCAAUGUGGAGCACUUUACCCAAUUCACCUUGCCCCCUAAUGGAUGACAAGCUAUAUUGCUUCCUGAACUGCUCUCACCCCUCUCUUUUUUUCUUCCCCACCACCUCCACCAGGUUCCCCCUCUUCUCCCGUCACAGUGACCACCAACAAACACAAGGUGGAGGUCCGCGAGUCCUCAGGUGAGCCAGAAACAGCCGCUCAUCAUCAUCAUCUCCACCACCCCCUCCACUCUGAAGAGUUACUGCUUCAUCACGUUUCUCAGAAUAACCCAUAAAGCUAAAAAUAGACGCAGCAGUUAAAAAUGUCGCUGAUUGAAGGCUCUCGCCGUAAAUAUCUCCCUCUCCUUCCCAGACGCGGUGCUGUCUUGCGUGUUCCACACAGAGCGGGACCAGAACCCGCGAAUCGAGUGGAAGAAGAAGGGGAAGGAUGUUUCCUUUGUCUACUUUGAUGGACACUUCAAAGGUGAGCGAGAGCGGCUUGUUGCUGUUUAUCCCUGGGGUGGCGAACAGGGCGUUUGAUUUCAUCAGCUUUCAGAACAAGCUGUAAGGGGUUUGAAAGUACUGUAGGAGGAGAAAAACACAUCCUGAACAGCAUCCAGGCUGAAGCUACAACAUCCCAGUGUGAUGCAACUGAGACGCAGAGUAGAAAAGACUUUUUCAUGGAGAAAAUCACAGCAGGAUUACGGCUGAAACAAAAGGUGCUCAGGAAAGUGGGCCACGGCGAUACAGGCAACGCCUCAACUUCAGUCGCCUCCUUUAUUGGUACUUUCCCCUGAUUUUACAGAUUUCUUUCAGCCUAGUUUAGUCAGUAUCAUUACUUUGGAUUACCUUGGUUAAUCUGAAGAGAACUACAACAUAAUGUGUUUAAGACACUUUUUAUAAACAGUGUACUGCCUUAGCUUGAACUUUUUUAAAGCAACAUCAAGGUUUGAAAGUGCCUCUGAACGCAGCCUCGGCCGGCAACUGAAGGUUUAAGUUUAAAAGGUUGCCGAGGGAUUUCUAGGAAAAGACUUUCAGGCUUGUGAAGGUCACAAAAUGUCAUGAAAUCGACUCUCACAACCACGAGCUGAAUAUCCGUUUUGGGGGCGUCGAGGGAACUGCACAGAAAGGUGAAAUAAACCAGAGUAAGUCUGGUCAUUGGGUUGUAAAAUAACAUCUGAAGCCUUGAGGAUGGCCACCAUGAGAAUACAGUUUAUAAUUUGAAGUGUACACCAAAUUGUUUAGCCAAAUUCCCCUUUAUAUCCUAUUACUGUAUGCUUACUUUCAGACGAUAUCAGUAUUUCACUUUUCUAAAAAGACAGUUAUCAUUGUUGAUAUACUGCAGCAGCCUUAGAUAUAGAGCUAACUAGAUUUUCAGAGUCUGGAGUCUUCUUAGUCAAUCCAUAAACACAAGAGGUUUAACAAUCAGCCUAGUUACAGCCAUUUUUUUACAGGGUUGUAAAUGUUGGUAAUUUACAUUAAUGUCUUUCAGAAUUGAUGCACUUUGGGAGCAAGCCUCCAGUGGCCAUUAAAAGAACUGCAGUUUUGGGUGCUUGAUGGGUGAUUCCUAAAACAGAUAAAAAGUACUCAUGGCAUCGCUGUUUCAAAGCUAAAGCUGCUUCUUUGAAAUUGUCAUAAAAUCUUUAAUGUAAUGUAUUUUUAGUUGGCAGUGAUAGAAAUAAUAGAUUACAACAUGCACACAGCAGAUUCACCCUGGAGUCAGAGAAGACUGGCUUUAUGUGGAAACAAGCAGAAUAAAAAUGACAAUGUUCUCAGAACUGACAAUAACUUCCAGAGGGAUCUGUCUUUGCAGUUGUUUUUUUUAACUGUGUAAAUAUAAAACAGAACAAAAAGAAAUAGGCCGUGUGUUGUUAUUCUGUUAAAAUAAGGAGUGCAAAUGGUGCCACAGAUACUCUCUGGUGUCAAUAACUUACAUAAAAAGAAAUUUUUUGAAGCCUCAAAAGCAAAAGCGUCUCUUCUGUUCUGCAUAAAUAACAUCAUAUAAGUCCUCUAGACAUUGAUGGAUUGGAUUAAGACAGAAGUAUUACACUCAUUUUCAAGCCUGGAUACAGCAGGAAAAUAUUCCAGAAGCCUCCUCCACUGUUGCCAUGCCGAAAAAACUUUUUUCUUUAGUUAAAAUGACAAAUCAGGAAAUGCAGCUGUGUGUUUUGGACCCUAAAUUUGACCCAGAAAGGUCAGAAAGGGACAAAAAAUUACCCCGGCAACAAAGAACAUUUCUGUUUUACCUUGAUUGUACUCUUUUUAGGAGAUUCACCAAUUGCUGAUGUCAUGAAUGGUUCCCUGUGGUUCCCUGUCUCCUCUCUCAGGUCCUUUUGAAGGCCGGGCAACCAUUCAAGGGGCCACUGUGACGCUACAAAGGGUGACCCAGGAGGACGCUGGGGAGUACCGAUGUGAGAUCAGUGCUCCUCUUGACUCUGUCAACCUGGGUGAGACCAACGUCACUCUCAAAGUCCUGGGUAAGAUUCAGAGAAGAUGGCUGAUAUUGGUUUGUUCUCCAGGUGUUGUUUUAUUUUUUUGUUAUCUAAUUUUUAACCGGUAACGUCCUUCAGUCCCCCCACACACCCCAUCCUGUGAAAUCCCCAGUGGAGCUGUGACAGGCUCAGUGGUGCAGCUGCGUUGUAGGGACCAUCAGAGCAUCCCACCUGCCACUUAUUCUUGGUUUAAGGACAGCCAGCCAAUCAGCCAGCCAAGACACACAAAUGCCACCUAUAUAAUCAACUCCUACACAGGGAUACUGGUGAGUCUGCAGAGAUGGGGUUAAUUCUGUGAAGCGUUGUAGAAAAAGCUUUUUCCUUCUGAGCAUUUUAGCCCAAAGAUGCGUCACCUCUCGCUAUCUUAAUAAAGGUUUUCCUCCUCCCUCUCUGCCUCUCCUGCAGGAGUUCAAAUCUGUAGCCAAAGAGGACACCGGUCGAUACAGCUGCCUGGCUUCCAACGGAGUGGGACCGCCAAAGAUGUGCGAGGGGAAGCACAUGACGAUAGGUGUGUGUAUACUUGUGUAUGUGUGUCUGUGUGUGUGCAUCCCUACACUCCUUCCUGCCUCUUCGCCCACACCUUUCAGCACUGGAGAAAAUCAGGAGUGCAGUGGAGAGGAAAAGCCCACUAAACUUGUUUCACCCUGCUUCUUAAAUCCAACACACCUUCACAAUUUGACUAGAGGACUACUUAUGGGACGAUUUAGGCGAGCUUAAAUUGAGCUGUGUUGUUUCUAAAGCUUGUUAGUAAAUUAUUGAACAUACUUUGGUUCAUAUGGGAAUUCUGGCGUUUUUUUUAAACUAGGGCCCUGUUAUAAUCUGGGGUCCAAAUGACUCAUAGGUCCAAAAAUGUUUGGAAGUGCUUCAGCUGGCUGGAAAUGCAGUCCUUGGCAUCGGAUGGGCCAAUCAGAGUACAUCUUCUUGACAUCUUGUUUUCUGCAGUGACACACUCUGUUUUUAAAACAGUCUGACAACAUUUCAAACAGUAUCCCUGCAGAUGAAGACUUGUUUCUCCACGUUAGAUCCUUUUUAGACCGCCUCUAACCUUGCUAUCUUCAAAGUAAAUAGUUGUCACUGUAAAAAAAAACGGAUAUUUCACCCUGCAGAUCACAGGAGUUGCUUGUCUACUGCUGCUUUGAUAAUUGUUGCUUCUGUUAUAACAAGAACUGUGUGUUUUUGGUUGUUUGUUUGGAUCUGGUAAAUUAUUAACGCAACACUUAACCAAAAGUGACAAAGCGGCAAGGGUAGACUAGUAACUCCUUAGUCCUGCAAGGGCAACAUCUUUAUUUCAGGUUGGUGGUUGGAAAUCUUUUUGUGACUCUUGGAUUAAAAGUUAUAAAAAAAAUUAAAAUAGUAGAUUCAGGACCACAUUACAAACUGCAAAUAGAAGAGAGAAGGAAAAGAUGAGAAAAUGCUAGUUCAAGGAAAUAAAGCUACAGAAUUGAAAAGAGGAUAAAUGGCAGAAGUUUUUAUUGACUUUUAAAAGUCUACAACAACUCUGUUGACAGUUUUGCUCAAUGGUGAUAAAACUCGGAGCCUGUUGGGAUUAUUCCAUAAAAAAUGAAAAUGUUGAAAUAUUCAGAACUAUUAAAAGAUGUAUGAAAUAAAGAAAUGAUGCAGAGGUUUUAAAUGCUACAUUCAUGGACAGCAAAUGUUGCAUGCACUUUUCUCAUUAAAAGCAGAGAAAGACCAGAGACUUCUGCAUUUUACAAUUUAAAGAUGACUGAUUUGGUCAGAUGUAUUCAAUAAUGGUUUCUGACAAAGAUCAGUCUUUUAGUCAUUUAUAUCCAGAAAUGAAGAAAUAAUGCUGAGGUUUGAAAAUGCUAGAAUACUCUUAAAUGACAAACUAAUAGGUUAGGCAUUAGAUACAUUGAAGACACUGAUAGACAAGCAACUCCUGAAAAAAUGACUGAUUUUGUCAGUUGAGUUGAUGUCAAAAUGUGACAAAACAUGUGUUGGGAUUAUACUCUAGAGCUGAUGAUUUCAACAUAAGACUAAUAUAUCACACUGUCACUACGAAAUCUACCAAGAGACUAGGGUAGACAAGCAACUAUUGAAAAAAUGACUGGUUUUGUCAGUUGAGUUGGUAAUGUGACAAAAUGUGUGUUGGGAUUAUGCUCUAGAGCUGAUGAUUUCAACAUAAUACUAAUAUAUCACACUGUUACUAUGAAAUCUACCAAGAGACUAGGGUAGACAAGCAACUACUGAAAAAAUGACUGAUUUUGUCAGUUGAGGUGGUGUCAAAACGUGACAAGAUGUGUGUUGGGAUUAUGCUCUAGAGCUGAUGAUUUCAACAUAAUACUAAUAUAUCACACUGUUACUACAAAAAUCUACCAAGAGACUAGGGUAGACAAGCAACUCCUUAGUUCUGUGUGGGGAUAAUAAUUCAUAAAUAUGUAAAAGAAGGAGAAAUUUCAUAAAUUUGUAAAGGUUUACAAGUGCUAGAUAUCCCCAGUGAGUGCAGAUGUUAUGUGCUCUGAAAUAGAAGGCAAUGGUAGACCAGCAACUCCUGCUUUACUUUUUACCAAAUUUAAUCAUUUCUCAUUUUUAUUUCAUUUUAAAUCUGCCUAUGAAAAGAAAAAGUCAAUAAAUAGUUCUUUAUCCCCGUCUUCUCCCUUGCAGAGGAUGUCAACGUCUCAGCUGUGGUGGCCGCCGUGGUGGUCAUCUGCCUCCUGCUCAUCAUCUGCGGCUGCGGAGGAUUCCUCUUAUAUCGUAACGGCUUCUUCAGUCGUAAGUUUUCCUCCGUUGUAUUUUGGACUGAAUCACCACUCUGUCCGCUUGCAUGAACAGUACAUCAAUUAGCUUUGAUUCCCUCCAAAAAAGUUGACAUUGACUCUGUUUUCUCCCGCACGGUCAUCCCGGCUCAUCCAUCAGCAGGACACAGAGGAAGGUAAGAGCUCUGUGAUUGCAUUAACAUUGAUGUGGACAAACAAGCUAAUAACCUAAACACUGAGGAUUGUGGGAGGAGGAGGAGGAGGAGGGGGGUUGUUGUUGCACUUAGACUGUGUGUCUGUUUGCUGAGUCAGGACUGUAUGGAGUGACAGCUGUGGCUGUGUGUGCCUAUAUGUGUGUGUUUUUGAGCUACAGCAGCGCCUGUGUUUCUACUCAUUGGGUGAUUGGCGCCAACAGAUGUAGAAUCCACUGGGAAAGGCUUGUUUUUCCUUUUUUUCAAAUCGAUUGCCUCUUCCUGGCAGAUGUACAUCUGUUGGAAUUAUGUCAAAGUGUAGCAGGAGAGAUGAUCUAAAAAUACAGACCAUUAAAGGAAGGAGAAUAAUCUUUGCAAUGUAAUUAUGGAAUAAUUACCGACUGUUAAUCAGCAAGGAGGGGAAUAUUGGCAGGAGGAAAAAUUGUGAGCAAUUAAACUGAUUGGAUGGGUAAUUUGAAAUGGAUUUGUAAGAUCUUGCAAAGAUUAAAGAAUGAGGCUGUGAGUGCGUGUCUUUACACACAAUUUGCCUUGUCCUGCAAACACACCAGAGUGGGCGUAAGGCCGUUUGGAUGCUUGACUGACCGUCGAGACAUAAAUGCAUGUCCUGGUGUGACUGGCCUUAUUCGCUUGACUUUCUGUUAUUUGAUUACUGGCUUGUUACUGCACAGAGUUUGAUGGAGAGUCACUGUGGAGCUCUCUUUGAAGCCGAUGCGAAAGCUCUUUGUCUAGGUUAAAGUCUGAUGCCUAUCCCACUGAGCUAACUGGAGCUGUCAGUGUCAAUGUCCUAUUUAUAGAGCAGGCUUCUUCACAAAGACUCAAAGACAAUGUGACAAGAUAUUUGAUGCACCAAUAGUAGGCGCAACUUAAUGGUGAAGGGACGCAUAUCAAGGUUUUGACUCUGCUGUUUCAUGCUGCUGAUGUUUGAUGUGAAGAAGUGAGAAAAUCUGUGUCUUUUGUCUCUGAAUGUUGGAUUUCGAAAUCUAAAGUAAGACCUUACUUCUGUCUUUAAAUAACUCUUAUAACUCUACAGUUUCACAUCAUCUUCAGUGAGUAUAAGGGAUGCGCUGAUCCAUUUUUUUCCGAUCCAAUCCGAUACCGAUACCUAGGCUGAGGGUAUCAGCCAAUAUCCGAUAUCUAUCCAAUACAACUGUUGAAUGAAUGAACUGUAUACCUUGCCCUGUGAGUGAAGGUAUAAAGCUUGACAUUAGCCUUGUUAAAAAAAGGUAACAAAUUAACAAAGAUAUAAAUGUACUUCAGAUUAUUUAUUAACAAAUAACAAAUUCCACAUUAGCACACAGCAAAAAGAAGUAUUCAGUUAAUUUGUCAAUAUCGGAGCUGAUAUCCGAUCCAAAUGCUGAAUCAGUGCAUUACAAGUUGGUAUUUCAGCAUAUCUGAGACAAAAUUCUUAGUCAUUUUAAUCACAAAAUCUAUAAAUAAAUUCAUCAUAUAACUAAUUUUAUCCUACAAAAUCACUUGACAGUUAAGCACGUUGUCAGUGUCCUACCCCCCCAACCCGUGUUUUUAUACAUCAAAGAUAUGUACAGAGAAUUAGUCGAUUUAAGAGGCACAGAGACACGAGUAUCAGUUUUAGUCUGUUUCAAAAUCAGCUUAAAACUCCUCACAGGAGCUUAAACAUUGUCAAAACAAAUGUAUGGGGCUUAAGCUGGAGCCUUGAGGAACACCAAACUUCACUCAAAGGCAAAUAUAAGCUUAUUUUUAUUCAACGGGAUGAGUAAAUAAAUCGUAGGGGCUUGAGCUCGACCCAUGUGAACAACUUACUUAGCUCAAAAACAAAAAAUUAAACAUUAGAAUUUUAAAUAAAAAAUGGUUUUACAAUAAUUAAAAAUGAAUAAAUAUAAGCAAAUUUAACUUUAAAAUAAAAUUUACCUUAUUGUUAUUAUAUCCAUGAUCAAUUUAUGAUUUAAGGAGGCUUGAACUGGAGCCUUGGGGAACAUCAAACUAAACUCAAGAACAACAUUUAUCUCUUUUUCAUAUUAAAUAAUGAACUAAUAAAUGUAAGGGGUUCAAAAUGGAGCCUUGGGGAACACCAAACUUAAUUACAAAAUAAAUUUACCUAAUUUUUUAAACCAUAUGUAAACAGUAUAACAAAUAAACAGCCAGUUACAGAAGUGUGCAAAAUUCAGAGGUGUUGCUCAGGGACUCUUUCGCAGUUUUAGCCUUAGAGAAGAGGCAGGUAGAGAGUCGUUAUGUCAUGACUCAGUGAAUCGGGGUGUUUGACCUGCUGCAUGUGAUUGGCUCACCUCCUGACCUGCUUUGACGUUUGGUUUAUCUCUGCUGCAUCAUGAUUGGCUGCAUGUUUUAAAGCAUUUUACGCUAAUGAAUAAAACACUGAAUUGAUGAUAAAGGUGUGCUUAAACGUGGAGUUGACGAAGCUGCGAUUGUUUUGUUUUGUUUCCUCCUCUGAAACUUUUACAUUUCAGUUCUGUUUGGGUGAUUUGCACUCAGUCUGACGCCUGCUCAUGAAUAUUCAGACUUCUACCUGUGAAAUGUGCUUUGCAACUUUAAUGCAAUCAGCUCCAUGCCUCCAAAGCAGUAGGUGCAAAAACGGUUCAGAAGAGUCUGUUUAUAAGCACUCGCACCCGUGUUUGUUUACUGCCAAUCACGUUUUAGCACAGUCUGUUACAGAGGAGACAGCUGUCUGCAGAAGAGGAUGGGAUCUAACCCCAUUUAAGUUCCUCAUAAAUACAAAGACUUGAAGAAUCGACCAUUAUUUAGUUAGGUGCAGGAGGAUUUGGAGCCUUAUUGAUGGUGAAACUGAGAUAGGAAUCUUGAUGCUUAAACUUGCAAAGCACAGAUUACUGGCGGGGGUCAAAACUCAUCAAAAAAAAAAUUGAGAUCACAGCAGCGGGCAUGUGGGUUACUUUCCCAUCUCUCUGCCGGCACAUGGCCUCAGUUUAAGUUUUUAACUCUCACCCUAAAAACCUUACCCCUGCUCCCUGCUUGCACUUAAAUUUGCUCUGCAGGUGCUCAAACUCCAAUUUUCCACUCAGAAAUAAGCAGAAUAUAUACAGAUUUUCUGUGCUCCACUUUCUGCCCCUCUCCUGGUACCCCGGCUGCUUUUCGGCCCUGUGAAAUGUCUGUUUCAGUUUUUACCGUUGUAGCCACAGCAGAGCAAAUUUAUGCAAGCAGAGACUGCUUAAAUGCAUCUGUGGGGUAAUGGGAAAUCAAAACACAAGAUGUUAAGUCAUGCUCUUAAACUGCAGGCCACUAUCUCCACAAAUGCACAAGCGCAAGCCUUUGAAAUAACAGGAAGCGAAGUCUGUUUUAAGCACAUCUUUAUUAAUGAUUUAAUACUCCAUACUCAUAACCUCCAGCUCCAGACAAGCAUGGUGUGCAGUGUAAGAUCGAAAUGACCCCCUUCUUGUUGAAUCUUGUUAAAACCGACACACUGACCCCACAGGUCAUUUUGGAUCUCCCAGUGUCAUGGUGCGUCCCACAUCAGCAGCCAAACCCUGCACAGAACUGAGGACACGUGAGUGUGACCGUUAGGCGGACAGACAUGGAGGCAAUUUAAAGAAACUGAACUCUGAAUCCUCCUCAUUCUGAAAAAAUAACACUGGUUUUUCACUGUUGGCUGCACUUGAAAUCGUAGUUUGACAUCUUAGUAAAACAGAGCCGGGCGAAGUCGAAGGGCUGAACAUGCAUGACCUCCUGUGAAAUGGAAAACAGUCCUUAUUCGCUUGCAUUUUCAUAAAGAUUGCAAAUGUGAGGCUACAAUAAGUGACAUGUCUGAUUUUAAAGCUGUGCCUCUUUAAGCGAACAGCAGCAUUAGCGUAAAGACUGAUUACUUCUUUAGUUAUUUCUAAAAAGCUGCAGGGGUUCGGAGUCAGACAGCGUGAUCAACUGUAGGCUGUCAAAUGUCCUUUUUUUAAACAUUUAAACAAGAUUCUUUAAAAGUUUUAGAGACUGUUUUAGGGAGGUAGGAUUAAAUUUUGUGAUAUGUUACUCUUUCAUUUUAUAAAUUAAUUGAUUGAUUGAAAGAACAUGUUAAAGCCUCUUUCUUUAAUGCGCUAAAAUCUGUAAUCGGUUGGUCUGUAACUGGUACUGCAGAUGAAAGCUUAAAAGUUCAGCUUUCUGUAUCGGCAAUAAUACAGACAAAAUCUAUUUGGAAGAAUCGGGAUAUUGGAACUCAGAAAAAAUCCAAUAUUCAGAAUCCUUAUUGGUUUUAGUUUGGUUCACAAUGAGUUAAAAACUGGGGGCAGAAUGAAACCCUUUGGCAAAUGAGAGUAUCUGAGUAUCCUUCCACUAUUUUUUCAUGGCUUUUAUAAAAUUUUCUCAAGAAGGCCAUCCUAAAAAAAAAAAAAAAAAAAAAAUCUAAAAAAUCUAUUAUCAUAAAAAAAACCCAAAAAAACACUUCUUGCCUCAGGAUUUAAAUCUAUCAUGUUUAUUUGUGUGCAUGUGGGCCACUUCACAGACGCAUUCUGUUCACAUUAGAUGCCGCAUUCGCUGUUGUAAUGUGAACGACCGCACAAAAAGAUCGGAUUUAACAAAAAUUCUGAAUUGUGCAUCAUAACCUGCAGUGUGAACGUAGCCUAACGCCCCCCUAAGUUCCAUCACCCUUCUUUCGUGGAAGUUCAAACUGCAGAGCACUCUCUGCACACUUACUUUUUCAUAUGUCUGAGUACAACUUACUUCAAAAACAGCACAGAAUCUUCAUUCUGUGCAUGACACCAGAUAUUAUGAAAAGCCAAAGCUAAAAUCUUCAUACUAUGGAAACUGUUCUUUUUCUCUGUACAGGCUGAUCUAUAGCCUCCCUGGAGCUUUCAUCCUUCUUCCUGUUAUUCAUCAGUACAUGACUGCAAUGAGCACGAUUGUUAAUUCUUUAUGCAGCUUCGUCAAACCAUCUCCAAAUUUACAAUAUAUCCUAACACCGCUUUUUACUCUCAUCAUCAGUAAAGAACCAGUAACUGCACCAGCUUGUGUUGGUUUGCAUGUACAUGUAUGUUUAAAUUCACUGAGGUCAACAGUGCCAUUUGAUGGUCAGGUUACGAUGAGCCCCCUGCUGGAUCUACAACCUGAUUCACUGACACUGAACGUUUCCUCUUAAGUCAAAAUAAAUACUCUUGAAUUCCAGAUAAAAAGUGACAGCUCUACAGUCGGGACUUUUGUUGUAGGAAAGUGGACUCAAUAAUCUGGAAACUGUUUGUAUUUACAUCCAGAAAAAGACUGUCUGGUUCAGCUGCCCUUACUCAGUCCUCUACCCAGCUUCAUGCUCAGUCACUGCCGGGUCACAGUCAGACUUUCUUUUACCCAAUGGGAUGUUUGCCAUGUAUGAUGUGCAUUAUUUAUGCAGACUAAGAUAUGACUCAGGAUACAGCUGUCCGCCCCGAGUGUCUUUUCUUCUGUGACGAUGUCAAACUGUCCGAUGUGCUUAUUAUGUCUUUGUCUUUCAGGUCCAAUGUCAACUACAUCCCUCCGCCUCAAGAAGUAAGUGACUUUUUUCAUUUUCUUCCUCUCUGGAUCUUCCCCCUGACCUCACGUGAGGGGCUCUGACUGUAAACACCAGCAAAGUGCUGACUGGAAGGGGAAAUUUUGAAACCAGAGUUCCCUUUUUUUUUUCCCACUACCUUUCCUGACGUUUAGUAAGUACAGAAAGUUUUGGAUUCGCUCCAGGAGGCUGCUUAAGCAGGCAGCUAUGAGACAACAUAAUGGAUUUAAGGGAAUCAAAUGGAGCCGACUGAAGGGCUUGUUUUUGCCACUGACAGGAUCAGAUAGGAAUUAAAACUUCCUGACAACAAUACAGAGAGGAUUGCACAGAAAUAGACUUUUUGUAAGGGUUACAACCUUUUAUCCAACGAGAAACAGCUUCUAAUGGCGCUCUCUUCAAAGCCACCAGAUUCCAUUUGCAAAAUGAGUAAUUUUAACUUGCAUAACAAGGGAUCUGCUGGUCUACAGCUGCCUCAAUCUGCUAGUUUGUUUGUGUUGUUGUGCAGCUUUGGUGAUUUGAAACAUUAGCUCUGAUCCAGGACAUGCAGACAAGAUACUUGUGUAUCCUGUAAUGCAAGAUUAUUGCUGUUUCAAUUAUGCUUUUAAAACUGUCGCAGUAUUUGCUUCUGGUAGGGCGACACAGUUAAACACCAAAUUUACUGAUAUUUAAAUAUAAACAUAAGCAAUAAAUAAUAAUAAUAAUAAUAAUAAUAAUAAUUAUUAUAAUGUGUGUGUGUGUAUGUGUAUAUAUAUAUAUAUAUGUAUAUGUAUGUAUACAUGUAUAUGUGUGUAUGUAUGUAUGUGUGCGUGUAUGUUUGUAUGUGUAUGUAUAUAUAUAGUUAUUAUUAUAUAGAUAUUUCAAUGUAAUCCAAUUAAGAUUUUUUUUUUAUUCACUAUUACAUAAAUUCUUUCCCCCUCUCCUCCCUCACAGAAGUAUUUUUGUAAAUUUUUUCUUUUUGUUGUUGUUUCUGUUGUUGUUGUCACUCUGUUUUGUUGUUAAAAACAAAACAAAACAAAAAACAUUUGCAAUAAACACACUGCAAACGUUUUUUUUUUGUUUGUUUGUUUUUUAAAGGAAAAUAAUUAUUUCUGAUGCUUCUGCGUUGUUUUGAUGCAAACACAUCCAUCAGCUACAUUUUGGGUGCAUGUUAUUUUGAGUUACAUACUUGUUUUUAUCAAUAUUGUCGCACAUUUUCAUAUUUUUUUAAUAUCCUGCAGGCCUAGUGUCCUAUUUGCUGUAAAAUACUAUCCCAGUAUGAUAAAAACAGGACAAAAGUUUGGUUUUAUCGGAGGAAAUACGAUUUCAAAUCAGGAUUCCCUCAUAAAUAUUGCAGGAAUAAUUGUAUAACAGUGUCAUUUACUGGUCUCUGGUUGUAAUGAAAGUACUUACCUCCAGCAAAUAGGCGUUUCCUUCCAGGGAUUCUUCCUGUAAUGUUUUAAAACGGUUUUAAUAUCAAUUUGAGCCUGUCACUGGCAGAAAAAAAGCACAUUAGGUGGGCGUACUUAGCCAGAAGGGAUUAUGCUGUAGCCAGUCUUGCAGCUGCAAUGACCUACUGGACCAAUUUCAAAGCUAUAAGUACGUAUAAGUCCAAAUGACUCCAAGAUAUGUGUAAAAAAAUGAGGCCUGUAUUACAGGACUGAUCGGAUUUGUCUUUAAACAUGACGUACAUGUUGCUGUUCAGGUGACUUUGACCUUCACUGAUCACACAGCAGGGAUGAGUUUAUGUGUAACAGCGGCUCAGAAAUGGCCAAAGACAGUAAAACUAUGAGUUAAAACAGCUGAGGUUGGUUUCAGUUGUUGCAUCUGUACUAAAAUUGUGAUAAACACACUAAUGUUCAUGUUUUUGUUUGUCCCUCAGUCCCAGGACUUCAAACACACUCAGUCCUUCAUGCUCUGAGAAGCUGGCCUUCCUUUGAGAACACAUCACCCUCAUAAAAAGGUGCCAACAUUGGAUCCUCUGACUGAUUUCCCCUCUUUUUUUGGGACUCUGAACGAGCUCUUCAUCUUCCAGUAUUUGCUAAAUUCAAUCUUCUCUUUUCUGGAUGAUUUUUGACAAGCAAGUUUGCAAGGCUUCUUUUUUUUUUUUUUUACUCUCCCGCUUUGCUGUGUGUUUGUCAUUUUCUGCUCUUACGGGAUUAAAUACAGUUUGGCAGCCCUCUACUGCCCCCUGGUGGUCGGAUUUGGAAACUCCAGUUGCUCAUUGAAGGGGCCAGAAGUGGAGAUUUUCCAGACUUUGGCUGUGUCAGAAAUGAAUCACUCAACCCCUAACCCCCAUAUAGGGUUUCACCAUAUAGUUGACUAUGUAGUGAACUCAAUCACCGGAGGUUUCAGACACUACAUGGCAAGAUGCAAUGCAUGACGGGAUGCCCACCACCAAUGCAAUGCUCUAUGGGAAAUUUUGAGUCGCCUAUAUGGGGCACUGGAAUUGAUCACUCAGGUUUCGGACACCCCUCAAAAUGGCGCUAACCCCCAUGUAGUCACCUAUAUAGGAGUUACGGGUCCAUUUCAGACACAGCCUUUGUCUCCCCCUCUGCAGGCUGAUCCUCGUACUACCUUUGUUUCCCUUUUUUUCUUCCUUUUUUUAUUUUAACCAAAGACUGAACGUUUCGUCUACAGGAUUUCUUUGCUUUGAAAUCAUCACAGGAGAGUUCUUAAAGCCAUGUUGUCAAUCUCAAACAUAAAUGCAGUUUACCUCAGCUUCUGCCACAUGCCAAUGUUUUGUCUUCUAUAACACUGAGGCCCCAGCUUCCCACAGUGCCACACAGGAUCCUCUAUGAUCUUAGUAAUAACCUGGAACAGACCGAGACGACAGGAAGCCAAUUAUAUACUGAGACCAACCCCCUUCAUCCUAAUGUGCCUGCAUGGUCUUUUUCUAUUAGACAGUAUAUUAAAUAUAUACCUUGUGCCUUUUUAAGUUGUCUGUCAUAUUUAUCUAUGAAUCGAUCACAGUUUUUUGUAAAGAAUUGCCUUACUUUUUUCUGUCUUUCUAUUUUUGUGCCACUGUUUGUCAUUGUUUUUCAAAAAUGGAGUGUCUGUUUUUAGACAGUGUGUGAAUGGGUUGUUCAGAGUUUUAUUUGAAUGGUGUAUCAGUAAUAAAAGGUUUUUCUAUACAAAGUA